AUUGAAACAAAUAGUACUGAAGUAUUAUUUGGAGUUGUGAUUACACCGAGAAAAUUACUCCUCAAUUCUAAUUCCUUUCAAAAUUAUGCGUUUCAAAACGGCGUGCCCUUUGAACACCACUAUCCGCAUGAUUUGAUUGUUUUGUUUCGCCAAUAUACAUAUUAUCAACCCUGAACUUUUGCUGCUUAAGUCUGAUUGCUAUACGUCCGUACAUUUAGAUAUAGUGAUAUACCCAACAGUUGUGUUGUACAGGUUUACAACAUGGAUUGCGUCUAUUUUUAUGAUCACUUGGUGAUAUUUCGAAAAAUUGAUUAUAUCGAGUCCAAACUCAGAAAGGAAGUUCAGGGGUAUGAUUUAGGACACCAAGCAAAUGAAAAUACGCUAAACAUCGUAUCCCAACUUUUAACUGAAGCUUUGAAAGAUCGAGUAUCGCUCGUUUGUCCCAUCAGAGUUUGCAUAAAAGGAAAAGUAACUUCCGAACAUUUUUGUAAUUUUAGAAAGACCUCCAUGGCAUAGGACUUAAAUAUAUUGGACAGCUCACUCAUGCAAUCCUCACCAAAGGUCCCCCAAGUAACACUCCGGCUGGUAAUGAAUUUCGCCAGUUUUGGGGCAAAAAGUCUGAACUUCGUCGUGUUGAUGGUGAUUUGUGUGAAUGUGUUGUAUGGAAUGGUGGUCCUAAUGUCUGUAUGCAGAUCAUAAAUUUUAUUCUAGAAGAGUAAGUUGAUGUUUUUCGGUUAAAAGUUUCCGGCUGGUAAUAACUUAAACUGAAAGCUGUUAGCUUAUUCGCACAAAUUCUUGAGAUUCGCUACGCAAUAUGUCCCUAUGGCUUAGUGAAAAUGGGAACAAGUAUUUUUCCGAAUCAGUUUAAUAUUAAAUACUUGUUUCCUGAUCGUCUUCCAUUUUUAAUUCUAACCGUCCUGGCCUUCCAGGCUUUUCUAUGUGGGAACCUUCGAUACCUAGUUGUCACCUCCAUAAUCCAUUUUCAUUUGCUUAAUAAAGUCAAUCGUGACCUAAAUUAUUCGGAUUUUUCCGUUCUGUUUCUUAUUCCAUUUGGAUACUAGCUCAACCAAACAUGAACAACGUAGAGACAGGCGUUUAUGUAUAUGGGUCUAGGUUGCUACACCAUAUCAAUACAGCAAGAUAAGAUUAUUAGGACCAAUGUCAAUGUAGUAUUACUAGUGAUGGUAAGGAACAUUAAGCUUUUCAAGUACUCUAGUAAAAAGCUCGAGAUAAUCGUAAAACCUGUGCUAUAAAGGAAGAUAGUAAAUGCACGUGGUCUGUUGGGGUGAAUUCUAAGCCAUGUAACUCAAAGUGUCAAAACACUGAUUACGAUCAUCUCAUUCGCUUAACAGUCUUCUUACAAAAGUCAUAAAGUAUGGCUGACACAAGUCACUCAGUCUUUUAUUGUUAAUCGUGAUAACACUAUCGUUUCCUAAACACUGGUAAGCGAUUUAUCUUACUCUACCUAAAUAACAUUUAAGUGUUUAGAAAGCUGUAGCAUAAAAUACUCCAGUGUUGCAACAGAACUAUGUCUAGUCAUGCACUGUAUAUGCAUUAAACUGACCACAACUUGAUUCAUGCGUUUACUAAAACAACUUAUGAUUUGACCACUGUCUGCUUUCUGCUAUCUAGUGUAAGGUUAAUAGUACAGUUCUGUCUAAUUUUGUGCUUAUGAUGCUGUUAUUUGGAUGAAUUUUUAUCCAUCUUUCUUCAGUCCUCAAAUUCAAAGCUUGAUGAUCUUUGUUUUUAUUAUAAAUAGAUGAAUAAUAGUUAAUUAACUUAUUCGCCAGGUACUUGAGUAUAAACAACACUCUCGAUGUGAGGGUUAAUGAUACUAUCCGGUUUUCAAAUCCGUAGUGUGCAUUGUGUGCAAUCCAUUUAUCGAGUACAUUGACCUGUACUCGACUUCGAGUGGCUAAACGACAGUGGUUAGUGCGAAAGCCAGUAGUCAGCAAUAAGUAAAGGUGUUGGUAUGUUAUAGGGUUUUCAUCAAACUGAAGCAUUGAGAAGUUAAACUAACUCAAUCUAUGUUCCUACGAGGGUUAUUUUGUGUUUAAAGCUAUAUUAAAAUGUUAAAAAUAAAACUGAUUAGCUAACCUACCAAGUUGUUCGAUUAUUAGAAUUAAUGUAACGACCCAGGAAGUUUGUUUUAUAUAAUUGUCAUUGUUGGAAAUUUUAGCAGUCACCUACAUGUAAUAAAUUCAUCUAUUUAACUUCUUUUUCGUGUUUUAUAUAUUGUAUCUAAUUUUUCGCUCUAGGAAACUCCAUUUGUCUGCAAAUGUUAACGUAUCAAAGCCGUGGUAUCACCUUUUGCCUAAUCGUCUUGAUCCAUUUAUAAGCUUGCAUAGACGCAACCGAAAAGUCAACUUAGUUGCCGCCUCACCUCUUCGUCUGAUUAGAGCAAUGGAUAAACUCCGAGCAUUACUACGUGGAUUAAAUGAUAAACUUCCCCUUAAUAUUACGGGAAUUUUACCUUUAUCAUCAGCUUUUCGUGACACUUCGGUUUUCCCUCCUAUAUUGUCCUUUCCUAUGGCUAACCAAUCACAUUACGGAAUAAAAAAGCCAUAUUUUCAUACGGUUAAAUGGUUAUUGAAAAAAGCAUGUUUUCCUGUGUUCCCAUUGUAUGUCAUAAUUCACUUGGAGCAAUCUGGAAGGUGGCCAAACGACUUAGAUGCAUUCAGACAUAUGAAGCGAUUACUAGUGAUUCGUAUGCAUGAAUUACUAUCACCUAAAGGAAUUCCAUCUCAUGUUACCGUCGAUAAUAUGCUGGAUAUAUUUUUACAUGGACUAGUAUUCCGAAUUGUAAUUUCACAAUCAAAAGAACUUAAUUUAAUUCAAAAAUUAAGUAAUUCCGAAAUCAAAGCAGAUAAUAAAAAUAAAACACUUUUGGAGACUGGUGAAAUGAAUUCCGAAGCUGCGUGUUGGAUUCGUCUGAAUCAAAGUUUACCAACAUUAGCUGGUACACUAAGUGGUGUUUCACGUACUUAUGCACACGUGUUUCCUAUAGCAUGUCGGUUAGCUAAACGUUGGUUAUCAGCUCAAGGGUAUCCAGUGAUUUUAUGUCCAUAUGAAGCGGAACUAGAUGGUCUACACAAUUCAUCAGAUUUUUAUCCACAAUCUGAACAAUGUUCGUCUGCAUUAUCUACUUGGUGGUUAAAAGAUGUCAAUACAAGUACCAAUGAUGGACGUAUGACUGAAGUGGCUGUUGAAUUAUUAGUUCUUUAUGCUUCGAAGCUGUGUGAUUCUGUUGAUUCAGAGUCGAAGGAAGCUAAUCUUACUUCGAUCGGAUCACCUGUUGCUGCAUUCCUACGAUUUCUUGAUUUAUUGGCUACUUAUGAUUGGGAAAACGCUCCACUUCUAGUUGAUUUAAAUGAGGGAUUUUCUGUGGAUAUUAACAAACGUCAACUAGCUCUGGAUUUAUUUAAUCGUACACCUCGAUGUAAUUUACCCGCUUUAAUCAUAUGUACUCCACUUGACACAACUGGAACAGAAUGGACUGAGGUAGGACCAAGUCGAGGAGGUCUAAGUGAUUUGAAAUUGCUAGCGGGUCAGUCACGUGAUUUACUAAGAGCUAUGCUUGUUAGUAAUGCUCCAAUUAAUGAUCUACUGGUCAUUUUUCGUCCGGUCUUUAGUAAAAUUGAUAUAGUACUCAAUGUCAAAGCAAAUAUUGUAAAUAUUCGUCAAUCAGAAUCGUUACUUGGAGCGUUGAAAAAAACGCAUCUUGUUGUUCCUGAAACUAAUAAUGAUAGUGACGUACCUAUGGAAUUCCCAGAUCCUGGAGCUCGUUAUUGGCCACAAAGAUACUGUUAUGAUCCACUGAAUUGGUUUGUCAAAUUAUUGCGUUUACGUCUAGGCAGGUUUUUUGAAAUCCGUUGGGAUCGUCAUGGCGGUAAUUGGAUAGCUCUACGAUGGCGUCCACAUUUCAUCCAAACAAUCAGUUCAAAAGAUCGAGUUACAUUAGUCCAAUCAAUAUUCAAUUCUGAUUUGUUGGAUGGUUUAACUCAACAUGCAGACGGCUGUCAACUUACUGAUUUGGUUUGUGAUAAACCAUCUGAUUUACCUCUUGUAUAUAAUGAUUGUUCAUUGGUAAAUUUAUUGUCUAUAUGGGCCAAGAAAUUUAUUGACUUGCCUAUUAAUUAUAGUAAUUUGACAAAUGGUAUUACCAUCAGCAAAAAACGAAAACAUAGUAUAUCUGAGGAGAACACAACUAAGUGUAUGAAAAACAAAAAGAAAAAAAAACUAAAAGAAUAGUUAAAUUGAUGUACCGAUUAUUACAUGUAAAUAAAUAAUUAAUUGAUGUUGAAUUCUAUAUGUGCAUAUGAGUUUUUGUCCAACUCUGAUGUUAUUGGGUUGCUAUUGAUCACUUCAACCAUUCAAUUCUGUUAUCUCUCCAAACUUUGAAUUCCUUCCACGUUUGCUUCGUCAAGAUGAUCUGUAGUCAAUCUGGUUCUGUUAACACGUACGGCUUCAUCUAAUUAGGCUAUGAGUUACGUUUUUUGUGUUGUAAUAGUUACUGACCUCCUGGCUAUCAAAGCAUUGUUAACAAAGAGAACUGCUUCAAACAUUGGUUAUGUACCUUUUAAAAAUCGAGUUCUUAGAUCACUGGGAUUUUUUUCUCUUAAUUAAUGAUCAUUAUAUAUGACUAACCAG